CCCGCCAUAGUGCGGGUGGAAGCCAUGGACGUCAAUCAGUCCAAGCAGGAGCACUUGCUGGCUCUGAAAGGUCCUGUUUUCCACUGAUCUUUGCAUCAAGGAAAAGGAAAGGGCAAGGAAAUUCUAGUAAAUAAGAUGUUUCAGUCUAGAUUUGAGAAUCCUAAUCAAGACACUGUUUUCCUAAGACUGUUUUCCUAAGAAUCACUGGAUUCCUAUGGUACAAGCAUGGAAGUCGUCUUGCAUUAUCGACCACAUCAGAGAGAUGUAAUAAAACUGCAGAAAUUUGCAGAAGCAGCAGUGAAGGAGUUUCCAAUUCGUCAGUUACCAAGAUUUGCACCCUGGUUUCCAAAUGAUUUAUACAGACUUCCCCUCAAACCGAAAAAGCGGGCACCUGUUAUUUCUCAUGAGGAAGCAGAAGAAUUAAAACAUCUUUCUACACCUUCAGAAUAUGUUAUAGGAUCUCCUGAUUACGACUGCACAAAGAAUCUGCUUGACUUUCAGUCUAGCAUGAAACAUGGUUCAACUUUAAUCCAAGCACAAGCUGUUCACAGACCAGUUAACUUGGACUAUCAAGGACAACCACCACCUAAAGGAAAACAAAAGUUGAAAAGGUCUUGGAGUAUCUCUCUCCCUAGCGCUAAACUCAAAGAAAAGAUUCUUCCUUUAUCUCAAGAACUGCAAAACAAUUUGGAAAGACUAAAACUGCAUGCGUUUUAUAGAGCAAAGUGGACAAUUGAACAAUCUAUUUGUAAUAAUGAGAAUUUGGAGGACAUCUGGAUAAAAUUGAAUAGACUCAUCAAGGAGAAUGAAUUGCCCUCUUGCAAUGCUACUAUCCGAAGAUCUGUGGGACAGAUAUGGAUUUUCUGUGAUAUAUUAUACUGUGAAUAUGUUAGAAAUAUUCUUAGGGAAAAGCUAAGCCUUACAGAUAAAAUGAAUUUGCUUGUACAUAAAUAUGGAAUUAUAUUUAGUUUAUAAUUUAAGAUACAGUUUAAUAAUAAAAUUACUGUCUAGAGUACUGGAGUUUUUAAGCAGUUUAGAAUAUAUAGACUUUAGAACAACUGAUGAAUUAAUAAGCAAAAACCUACUUAUAUUACUUUGCUACAGUUUUCUAACUAAUGAUAUAUUUCUUUAACUUUGUUUUGCCUGAAAACUUAUGGUUCAAUUAAGAUUAGUAAGUUUCUGUUUGGCUUAAUACUGCAUUUUGUAGCUUUUCUUUGCCUUGGUGGUCUAAAAGAAAAAAAUUAAGGCAGAAUUUCCAGGCUGUUUUGGCAAGCUGUGUCAGAUAAUAAAAUCUAUGCUUUCAGUUGAA